AUGCGUCCGCUUGCCGCUCUGGCAACUGAAGUCGAUCGUGGUGCAAUACCAAGUGAAAUUGGUAAUUUGCAGAACCUAGAGUAUUUGAAUCUGGAAGCUAACAAUUUUUUUGGCACAAUUACACUGGAGAUAUUCAAUAUCUCAACAAUGCAGGAGAUCAGAAUAACAGACAAUUACCUCUCAGGCACUCUUCCAUCUAAUAUGGGCCACUUCCUUCCAAAUCUCACGGCGAUUUUUCUUGGAGAAAAUGAACUUAGUGGAACAAUUCCAGCCUCUAUUUCCAAUGCUUCACAGCUCAUUAUAGUCGUCUUGACAAUUAACUCAUUCUCGGGCUUGAUUCCAAAAACACUUGGUCAUAUCCCAGAAACAAUUGGUGGGCUCAUAUCUCUAGUCAAUCUCUCUUUGGCAGUCAAUCAAUUAGAGGGCUCUAUUCCUAUAUCUUUUGGUGGAUUAGUAAGCUUGGAGUUGUUAGAUCUUGCUAGUAACAACUUGUCUGGGGAGAUACCCAAGUCCUUAGAAGUGCUACGACUGAAUGUUCCUCCAUGCAAAGAAGCUUCUCUGGGACCAAAAAAGGCAAUGGGGGUGCGUAUACUAAAAUAUGUAAUGCCCACAUUAGGGUUAAUGAUACUUGUAUUAUCCGUUGUACUAGUUUCAAGAAAACUCCAUGGGAAGAAGAAUUCUAAACUUUCCAACAACAAAGACUCGAUGCCUUUAUCAACAUGGAGAAGAGUUUCGCACCAACAACUUUUAGAAGCCACAGAAGGGUUCAGUGCAAACAACUUACUUGGAGAAGGGAGUUUCGGCUCAGUUUAUAAAGGGACACUCUUAGAUGGUACAUACGUUGCAAUAAAAGUCCUAAACUUGGAACUAGAAGGUGCAUUCAAAAGUUUUGAUAUAGAAUGUGAGAUAUUACGACACAUUCGUCAUCGAAAUCUUGGCAAAAUCAUUAGCGUUUGUAGUAACAUUGACUUCAAAGCACUUGUUUUGGAAUACAUGCCUAAAGGGAACCUAGAAAUGUGGUUGUAUUCUAACACCUAUUGCUUGAAUAUGCUACAAAGGCUAAAUAUAAUGAUUGAUGUGGCAACAGCACUUGAAUACCUUCAUCUUGGUUAUUCAACACCUAUUGUUCAUUGUGAUUUGAAGCCGAGCAAUGUCUUAUUACAUGAAGAUAUGGUUGGACAUGUUGCUGAUUUUGGCAUCGCCAAACUCCUAAGUGAUGGAACUUCUCUCACGCAAACAAUGACCAUGGCUACAAUUGGGUAUAUGGCACCAGAGUAUGGAUCUGAAGGAAUUGUUUCUACAAGAGGUGAUGUGUAUAGUUAUAGAAUCUUAUUGAUGGAAACUUUCACAAGAAAGAAGCCCAUUGAUGAUAUGUUUACUGGCGAAAUGAGCUUAAAGCGUUUAGUAGAGGAAUCAUUUUCGCUUUCGAUACUUGAAGUUAUUGAUUCCAAUUUGCUGAGCAAUGAAAAUGACUAUGCUGCUAUGGAGACCUGCUUAUCAGCAACUAUGGGCUUGGCUUUGCAUUGUUGUGCAGAUUUGCCUGAACAGAGGAUCCAUAUAAAAAAUGUUUUAGCCAGACUUAACAAGAUCAAAUUAAAGUAUCUACAUGAUCAGCAAUCGGGCUAGUCAAGUAGAGUUU